AUGACUAACAACAUACCAGACGACAUACCGCCUAAGUUAUUGAAGGAGCUCGCUGCCGAACUAGCCAAACCAUUGUCCGUGCUUUUCCAAGCCUCGUUCGAAGCCGGCUGCUUGCCCGCCGACUGGAAAUCUGCGCGGAUCACACCACUGCAUAAAGAAGGCAGCAAGGCCUCUGCAAACAAUUACAGGCCAGUUAGCCUCACCUCCAUCUGCUGCAAACUCAUGGAGAAAAUAAUCAAACGAGAGCUGAUGCGCUUCCUAGAGCAGCAUAAUUUAUUAUCUGAUGCGCAGCAUGGGUUUCGUAGUGGCAGGUCUUGCGUGACCAACUUGCUCAACUGUUUGGAACAUUGGACUCGGUCAGUUGAUGAAGGCAAUGCGCUGCAUGUAGUCUAUAUCGACUUUAAAAAGGCAUUUGAUAGUGUCCCACAUCAGCGACUCCUGCACAAACUGAGCCGAACAGGCGUUAGGGGUAACCUCUUAAAAUGGAUUCAAAGCUUCCUAUUAGACCGUUGUCAAACUGUCCAUGUCGGUGGCCAGAAGUCGACGGAGGUUGCCGUUGAAAGCGGUGUUCCCCAAGGCUCAGUUCUUGGUCCUACUUUGUUCAUCAUUUACGUUAACGAUUGCGUGAGUGAACUGGAUUGUGGUGUCGCCAUGUUUGCGGAUGACAUUAAACUAUGGCGCGUCAUUCGAACUGCAGAUGACGAAGAGCACCUGCAGGCGAACCUAAACCGACUCCAACAGUGGUCAAAGGCCUGGCUUCUGCCGUUCAACGGGAAAAAGUGCAAUAUUCUACGAGUCGGCAGAGCUCGCUCUCCGAACCAUAUGACCUACUGCCUAAAUGGUAUACCACUGCAAGAAGUGGACUCGCAGAAGGACUUGGGAGUAUGGAUUACGACCUCGCUCAAACACUCGCUGCACUGCACGAAGAUAGCCAAGUCUGCAAUGUCAGUCCUCUACCUUGUCAAGCCGGCUUUCUCUGCCUUUGAUGAAGACUGCUUCGCUAAAUUCUUUCGAACUUUUGUGCGUCCGCAACUAGAAUUUGCUAUCCAAACUUGGAGACCCUGGACCGCGAAGGACCUCAGCAUCCUUGAAAGGGUCCAAAGGCGUGCAACGAAACUUGUGGCAGGACAGGGUUCGCUACCAUAUGCAACGCGGUUAGCUAACCUUGAUCUCUUUCCCUUGAGUUACAGGCAGUUACGGGGUGACCUGAUACAAGCCUUCCGUAUCAUACGCGUUCAGGACUUCAGCCUCGUACCGGGGGACUUCUUCGAGUUAGCAACCACCACAAAUCUACGAGGCCAUCCAUUCAAACUACGUGUGACAGGGGCCAGACUGGACACACGAAAGUUCUUCUUCUCCAACAGAGUGCUAGAAGCCUGGAAUGCCCUGCCUGUGGAUGUCGUUAUGUCUGCUUCCGUCGAGGUCUUUAAGAGGAAGCUGGAUUUGUGUAGCAGUGUCCACUAA